CGAAAAUAAAUUGGGCUAGUACUUUAUAUCGCACUUGGCAACCUAGGGAGGGAAUGGAAAAUUUGGUUGUUUGAGAAAAUUUGACAUGGCCAACAACAAAAAAAAGCUGUUAUCCACCUUGUGUUCGAUAUUUCUUAUUCUUGGGUCUAUCGUCAAUGUACAAACCCAAAAAGAUGUAUUAAAAUGGUGUACCACAACUGCUGGCGAGCAAGAAAAAUGUGAAGAAAUGGCACAUUCUGUAGAUCUUCAAUUUGCACAGUUUGGAAAGCUAGGCAUGGUCAUUAAGUGCAUCAGAGCAUUCAACAAAGCAGACUGCAUGCAGUAUUUAGACAAAGGUGAAGCUGAUGUGACUACUUUAGAUCCAGGAAAUGUAUUUGUUGGAGGCCGCUACCAUAGCUUGUUGCCAAUAAUGCAAGAAGUUUACACCAACAAUGAAGCAUUUUAUUUCUCUGUGGCUGUUGUGAAGAAAUUUUCUCUGCCAGAAGUUCAGAGCAUUGCCGAGCUGAGGGGGAAAAAGGGCUGUUUUCCCGGUGUUGGCAUACAUGGAGGCUGGGUGCAACCAAUCUACACUCUGAUGCAACUCAGACAUAUGGAUAUUGUUGAUUGCAAUAACCAUGUAAAAUCAGCCAGUGAGUUUUUUGGCCCUUCUUGUGCUGUUGACUCCCUUUCGGAUAUUUACAAUCCAUUGGGAGACAAUUCGGAUCAUUUGUGUCAACUCUGUGCGAGCAAAGUUCUAGGACAAAGAUGCACUGCACAUGAUCCAUACUCGGGAUAUCAGGGUGCAUUUAAAUGCUUAGUGGAAGCUGGAGAAGUUGCUUUCUUGAAGCACACAACUGUAGUAGAAACUAUUGCAACUGGACAGUUUGGAACUACUAAGAUUGACGAUUUCGAACUUUUGUGCGUUGAUGGCUCACGCCGUUCGGUCCGUGAAUACCGCGAUUGCAACUGGGGUCAAGUUCCUGGCGAUGCAGUGGUUACUACUUCAGCGCGAGGCAUCGACAUGCGUCUCAAAUAUCAAAAGUUUUUAACAAAAUUAUUCGAAAUAUUCGGAUCUCGCACGGCGAACCAAAGGACGGAAAUUCGCAACACUACUACAUUUCGACCUUUCGAUGACUUCUCUAGCCGAGAUCUAAACGGCGUUGAUUCCUUAUCUCAGCCAGUUUCUCCGAGGCAGUUUCAGCUUUUCCAAUCUUCCCCUCGUUAUGGAAUGCUGAACAACCUCAUAUUUCAGGAUGACUGUAUUAGUCUGAAGGCAAUUCCUGCAGAUCAACAGACCUACGCAGGGUAUUUGGGCCGAACUCUGGAUUCCAUUUUAGGGGUUAGACAAUGCCCAGUAAAAGCGAUGACAUUAUGUGUUACCUCGCCGACUGAAUUGACUAAAUGCGUCCGCAUGCGGACAGCAAUGAAAGCGCAGUUACUACAACCUGAAAUGAACUGCUACAGGGCGGAUACGAAUAUUGGCUGCAUGCGGGCGAUUCAAACUGGAGUGGCUGACGUGACUAUGUUUGAUGCUGGCGACAUAUACACAGCGGGACUGAAUUUCGACAUGAUUUCUAUUCUUUCCGAAGUUUAUAAUCUUGGAAAACCUGAGUAUUAUGUAGUUGCUGUGGCAAAGGCAACUGAUCCAGAAACGGAACUCAUUUAUCUUAAAGAUAAAAACACAUGUCAUACAGGUAUUUACCACGCUGCCGGUUGGAUCAUACCGUUGGCUCAUUUGUUGGCCAACGAAAGAAUCCGCAGUUAUGGAUGCGAUUCAGUUCAAUCUGCUGCCUCCUUCUUCACGAAAGCUUGCGUACCUGGCGCUAUGAAUCAAGAAUACCAACCAACAGGGUUAAGCUUCCCUCAUAUGUGUGACUUGUGUCAUGGCACGAGUUUUCGCUUUUGUCGUCGUGAUCACUCUGAGGACUAUUUUGGUAAUACGGGAGCUUUCCGCUGUUUAGUCGAAGGAGGUGGCCAUGUUGCUUUUGUUCGCCAUGCUACUGUACUGGAAAACACUGAUGGCAAAAGCCGCGAAUAUUGGUCAAGAAACCAGUUGUCGCGAGAUUACGAACUUUUGUGCCGUGAUGGUCAGAGAGCCCCGGUUACAGAUUACGCCCGUUGCAAUCUUGGGAAGGUCAAAGCCAAUGCUAUGGUUGCAAGGGGAGGACGUGGCUACAACAAAACGGAAAUUGAUGCGUACAUUAAUGUUUUUAUGUAUGCGCAGCAAUUUUACGGACUCAAAGGGGAUUACUUGGAUUUCGCAUUGUUCACUUCGGAUCCUCCCUACAAUGACGUGAUUUUCCAAGAUGCCACACAAAAGUUGCAAAUUGUGCCUCCAAGUCAACGUCAUUAUCACAAGUACUUGGGUCCGGAGUUUCUUAGAGCCAGACAAUUGGUUGAUUGUCAAGCGGGAGCCGCUUCUUUGAAGUCAAACUUCAUUGUUACAUUAGCAAUUUUUGCAAUUAUUUUCAGCCGUAUUAGGUUAUAGAAUCUACCUCCGUCCUACCCAUUCCAUUUUUUAAAUUGACUUUUUAAUAACUGACAAAAGAGCACACGUGCCUAAUAUUUCCGUCCAUUCUCAUUGCAAUGAAUCUCUUUUAUGAUGUUGUAGACGACGUUGAAUUGGAAUUAUACAUCCAUGCCCAUUUA